AUCCCAAUAACUGUCCAAAGUUGUUCGAUAGUUGUUAGGACAAGUAAUACAAUUGUUGAACGACUGUAUUGUGGGAUCCACUUGUCCCUUUCACCUCUCUAACUCAUUUUUUCUCCCUAAAACCCAAUAAUUUGAACCAAAAUCCAAAACCCCACUUCACAAAAUCUCCCAAGAUGUUGAAAAACCUCACUCUUUUGCCUUCAUCACUGUCCUUUCGUGCAGUUUAUUCACUCCAUAUACUUCAAGAAAACCCCAAAACUUCAUCAAAGAUUCAAUCUUUUCACCAUUCAAGCAACACCCAUGAUGAGUUUUCAUCAGAUGUAGAGAAAAUCUACAGAAUCUUGAAAAAAUUCCACUCAAGAAUACCAAAACUUGAACUAGCAUUACAAGAAUCAGGUGUCGUAGUCCGCGAUGGUUUAACAGAAAGAGUCUUGAUGCGUUGUGGUGAUUCAGGUAAUUUGGGGUAUAGGUAUUUUGUAUGGGCAUCAAAACAACCUGGUUUUAGUCAUAGUCAUGAUGCUUAUAAAGCAAUGUUGAAAAGUUUAGGUAAAAUGAGACAAUUUGGUACUGUAUGGGCACUUGUUAAUGAAAUGAGGAAUGAGAAUCCUGAGUUGUUGACUGUUGAUGUGUUUGUUGUGUUAAUGAGGCGAUUCGCUUCGCGGAGGAUGGUGGAGAAGGCUGUUGAGGUUUUGGAUGAGAUGAGUGGAUAUGGUGUUGAGCCAAAUGAGUAUGUGUUUGGGUGUUUGUUAGAUGCAUUGUGUAAAAAUGGUAGCGUAAAAGAGGCGGCUAGGUUGUUUGAUGAAAUGGGAUUUAGGUUUAGGUUAUCGAUUAAGCAUUAUACAUCGUUGUUGUAUGGUUGGUGUAAAGAAGGGAAGGUUAUGGAGGCGAAAGUCGUGUUGAUGAAAAUGAAGGAGGCCGGGUUUGAGCCGGAUGUUGUGGUUUAUAACAAUUUGCUUAAUGGUUAUGUAGUGUGUAGGAAAAUGGCUGACGCGUUUGAUUUGUUGCAGGAGAUGAAAAGGAAAGGUUGUAAUCCGAAUGAGACAUCGUAUACAAUUGUAAUUCAAGGACUUUGUUUGCAGGAUAAGAUGGAGGAAGCGAUGAGGGUGUUGUUGGAUAUGGAGAGAAGCGGAUGUGAAGGUGAUGUUGUAACGUAUACUACUUUGAUAAGUGGAUUUUGUAAAUGGGGAAAGAUUGAAAAAGGUUACGAACUUUUGGAUGAUAUGUUGCGGAAAGGGUAUAAUCCUAAUUCGACUACGUAUUUGCAUAUAAUGUUGGCUCAUGAGAAGAAGGAAGAGUUGGAAGAGUGUUUGGAACUCGUGAAGGAAAUGGAAAAGAUCGGUAUACCUCCUGAUGUUAGUAUCUAUAAUGUAGUGAUUCGUUUGGCUUGUAAGUUAGGGGAAAUUGACGAAGGUGUGCGAAUAUGGAACGAAAUAGAAGCAAGUGUGAUAAGUCCGGGGGUUGACACUUUUAUCGUUAUGAUUAAUGGUUUUGUCGAGGAAGGGCGUUUAAUAGAAGCUUGCGAUCACUUUAAAGAAAUGAUUGGACGAGGUCUUUUGUCUGCUCCUCAAUACGGUACUUUGAAGGACUUAUUGAAUUCUUUGUUACGAGCAGAAAAACUUGAACUCGGUAAAGAUGUUUGGAGUUGCAUAACGACAAAAGGAUGUGAGCUUAACGUGUCUGCGUGGACCAUUUGGAUUCACGCGCUAUUUUCAAAUGGACAUGUGAAAGAGGCUUGUUCGUACUGUUUAGAUAUGAUGGAUGCUGGCUUGAUGCCUCAGCCGGACACGUUUGCUAAGCUUAUGAGGGGUCUAAGGAAGCUAUAUAAUAGACAGAUUGCUGCAGAGAUUACGGAAAAGGUGAGGAAAAUGGCUGAAGAGAGAAAUAUGACUUUCAAGAUGUACAAGAGACGCGGUGAAAGAGACUUGAAGGAAAAAGCUAAGAUGAAACUGGAUGGGAGAAAGAGGAGAGCUCGUAGACGCCGUUGGGGUAGCCAUAAUACUCAGGCUAAGACAUUGUGAUAUGAGAUAUCGGUGAGGAGGAUGCUACUACAUCGAAAGCUGUUUGACUACAUAUUACGUUGGAAGGGUCUCUCAUGAAGAGCGAUAACUUUGUGAAGAGAUAUCUUUACUAUGGGCAAAUAGAUAUGCCUCGGAGUGAAGCGGUUAAAGAGAAAAGACCGAUUAUCCUCAACGAUUAUGAAUUGCCUCGGACGAAUGAAUCCCAAAUUAUGGCAAUCGAAACAAUAUUCCUCAACAGCGAAACAUCAGAACUAAAGAAAAGGGUGAAGUUUCUUGGAAGCACAAGAGGUCUCCAUAUGUUCAACAAGAAUACAUGUUGGGUUGCAGCGGCGAUGAAACUCGACCCCACAUUUUUGAGACACUGCAUCCAUUCUCAGAAUACAUUUGUUCUGCCAUGGACAAUGAUGUGAAGAAGGCACCAUAUUCAAAUGAAGACAGCCCCGCUUUGUAAUCCAUUUGAUAUGGGAGUAGUCCGUGUUGAUAAAAGGGAAUGGUUUCAUAGCAUGGCACACCUCUGUAAAGCAUGGACCAACGUGGUGAGUAUAAAUAUACGUAUACAUUUGUAUCUUUUAGAUAGCAAAUAUCGAAUGGGAAGGGGAGCCUUGGAGUAACUAGUAAAAUUGUUGUCAUGUGACCAGGAGGUCACGGGUUCAAGCCUUGGAAACAACCUCUUGCAGAAAUGUAAGUUAAGGCUGUGUACAAUACACCCUUGUGGUGGGGCCCUUCCCCGAACCCUGCGCAUAGCGGGAGCUUUAGUGCACCGGGCUGCCCUUUUUUAGCAAAUAUCGAAUGGGCACCAUAUUUUUUAUAUUACUCAACUAUUCUGCUGUUGUAUAUUCCUCAUAAUGACCAUGCCAUUGAGCUUCUAAGUUCAUUUAUACUCAAUUUACAGCACAGUUAGCUGGGAAAUUCAA